ACACACCAAGCGAUACCGCAGGGUACUACUAAACUGUCUUUAUACGCUUCCACCAGUACUGACCGUGCCGUGCAAAGGCUGUGAUGCGCAGCUCUCGUUCGGCGUAAACAAACUCAAAUAUUCUAUCUUUCCAUCUUCUCCUCUCUGUCGCUUCUUCUUGCCGUCAAAAACGCAAAUUAAAUGUUCGAAAAUCAACAUUGCACGCGUCAUCCUUCCGGUAAUGGUAUUUUUACAUUAAUAUUUUAAACAAUUCCGUUAUGUUGUUGUACAGUGCCGCAUUAGUAGUGAUGUUGAAAAUCGCUUAUGGUCCGCAACGCUUUUUAAUCCGUCUGUAAAAUACGAUACCGUAAAAACUUCAAGGCGAUCACAUGAUAUUUGUCGAAAUUACGAUUUCGGCUCAUAGAACACCUGCAAAUAUGUGAAAUCUUAUCGCUGACUUGGUCAAAAACUAUGAUGAUAACAUUACUUGAUGCGUACAUUUUUGCAGUUUUUGCAAAGACGGAGGAUGAGAAAUUCGUUUGGAAAAUGAGUCAAUGAAACACACGUGCAAACAUGAAGUCAAAUUUCGCCCUUCGGUUAUACGCACACGUUUUUGGUACAAUAAUUAAGCAAUAUAUAAUUUGCUCUAUAAUUCUUCUGUUUUUCAUCGAUAAUGCCAAAGCUAUGGCUCAUAUACUAAGACAUCAUCAGCAACGAGACAAUACUGGAUUGAGUACUUUAAGUCCUUUAGAACAAUUGACUUGGCCUCAUUCAGAUGUAAAGUUACCAUGUGGCAUUUUACCCGUUUCAAAUCAUUCGUCUAAUUGGUUACAAAUGAAAUUAAAGUGGUUGCAUAAUGGAAAGAAUGUAGAUCUAGGACACCGUUAUAAUUUAAACCAUAAUUCUGGAAUUUUAGUAAUAAGUAACAUAAGAGUAGAUGACAAUGGUAUAUGGCAAUGCGUCAAUGAAAAACAAGUAGCCAGAGCAAUUAAUUUGGUGGUCCUAGAAACUCCUAAAGAACCAUAUCUAUUAAUUGACGGACGUCGUCUAGAUCCAGGUAACUUAUUUGUACCAGUAAAAGAAAAUAUGGACUUGAGUAUAGAAUGCGUGGUUGAAGGAGGAAAUCCGAUGCCGUCCCUUCAUUGGUUGUUACUUCCGGGUAAUAGCAACUUAGACAAUGAUGAAAAUAUGUCUUCGGGACUAUUGCAGUCCAAUGAUUCUUAUCAGGAGCAAGACGUGAGUCGAAGCUCAGCAAAAAUCCAAAGGGUUUUACGUGCUCACCACAACGCUACGAUUGCCUGUGUUGUCACGCACGUUACCCUCGUCAAUCCCUUGAACACUACUAUACUUUUAGACGUCCAAUACACUCCAUCGUUCGGUAUUAGUAGAGUUCCGGGGUUUGGAAUACCUAUAAGAGAAGGCAUUCCCGUGUCCUUAAAAUGUGAUGUCGAUUCAAAUCCACCAUCAUCACCUGUCUGGCAAAAAGAUGAUAGCGCUCCUCCCGUCCUACAGACUGAUGAUGGUUAUCUAAAUUUUACGUCCAUAAAGAAAAACCAUAGUGGUUGGUAUAAAUGUACGAGCCGCCAUUUGCUGUCUGAAUAUUCGUCAAUAGGUUAUUUUUUGAACGUGAGAUAUAACACGGAAGAGCUGGAAUCGGUUCGCAAAGAACUAAUUGAAGAGGACCGAGUUGGCUCAGUUGAAUCCGUGGAAGUAACAGUAGGUGGUGAAGUACAAUUAGAAUGUCCGUCCGGCCCUAGUGCAACCAUACCUUGUUGGGCCAAAUCUACUGCUGAAGAUCAACUGGAACCCAUAGGGGCUAGCAGAAAUCUUCACAUUGAGCAAGUGCUAUACCAAGAGGCGGGUGAAUACAAGUGCAUUGUCGGUAGUAAGAAUCAAAACCAUGAGAAACUAAGAAUCUAUACUGUUCAUUUAAAUGUCGUGGGCGGCCCAAUAAUUUACAUCGAGAAUAGAACAGUAGUUGCACACGAAGGUGAUGAUACUAGACUGUCGGCCGAAUUUUGCGCAAACCCAAUGGCAAAUAAAGUAUUUUGGAUAAUUGCAGACGAUAGAGUCAUUAGGCCGGGAACCACUGUAGGUCAACUGGCAGCCCAUAGCAUAACCCAAUCUACAUCAUCAUAUUGCCAAGUUACUACACUUACAAUAAAGUCAGUAUUGCCAGCUCAUAGUGGAGAGUAUAGCCUGAUCGUAGGUUCUGGUAAAACGCUUGUGGAAGCUACAGUUAUAUUGAGCGUAACAAAAAGUAGUCGAAAUAAAGAGCCAAUUCAAACGUCCAGUUCAUAUUCAGUUUGCUCAAACAUGUCUAAUUACUAUCUAAUUAUAAAAUUAUGUUUAACUAUGUCAAUUCAUAUGUAUUUUAAACAUAAAUGAAACUAAUAAAUUAUAUUAAUGUGUUAAAAUUAUAUAAAUAUAUGAAUGAACAUGUAUAGAAGUUUUAUUGUUGUAUGAAUAAUUGUUGUUAAUUAUUAUUGUAUGUCACAGAUAUGUUUAGGCAAAAUAUUUGUAUUUGUAUUAUAUUCACAUAAUUUAACACAUUAAAAAAAAUUGUUUUUUUACGCGAAGUAUUAUUUAUUAUACGUAAUUA